AUGAAAACAGAGACCUGGAGGAAAGCCAAGGCAAUGCAGAACAACCAGAAUAUAUUGUUCCCAGGAGACUUUGACAGACGCGGGGGAUUAAAAGGAAAAGGGGUAAACGGGAAUGACGGGCAAGCACGUGGGUCAAGGAACCCUUGUGACAUCAGGGCCUUCGCUCAAGGGAAGGUGCCCAUUGGUCAGGGGAUUACGGGUAUUCUAAUCCCGACUGCACCACUGCGCCACCCUCACAGGCCUAAUGGAUGGUCCAAGGCGUCUUGCAUCGAGAAUGGCGGAAUGGAAUGGGAAUCGUUAUUGAACACAGCAGCAAUUCUUGGACAUGCAACCUGUGUCAGGAUCCUCGUCGAUUACCACAACGCAGAUAUUGAAGGAUUGGUGUCAAUAUGCGGACGAUAUCUGGACGGAGUUAACCCUUUAUGGUGUGCUGCUUCCAAAGGCCACCUGGAGGUCGUGGACUUUCUCCUUUCCAAAGGAGCCAAUGCAAAUGGCGUCACGACCUUCAACAGCACGCCCUUGGCAGCAGCGUGUUCCCACGGGCACUUCGAAGUUGCCAAACUUCUCGUGGCACACGGAGCUUACACUGAUGCUGCCGAUCACCACGCGGACAACUGCAUGAUGCUCGCCUCCUGCAGUGGUCAUCUUGAUAUUGUAAAGUUUCUUUUAAAUAUCGGAGUCGAUGUGAACGAAGAAAAAUAUUACGGGCAAAAGCGCUUUGUAUGGCAGUGUAGAAAAAAAAUCAGGAAUCUGGAAGUAAUGAAAGCACUGCUGUCUUACAAUGCUACUUUGGAGGCCGAUUACUCUGAACAGAUAUUUCUAGGAUGGAGAGAUCGAAGACUGGAGCUUCUUGGAGCCUCAGUUUUAGACAAAAUAGAGAUGUCAGUCGGUGCUGUCGAGUACUGGAAGUCAGCGCUGAGUCUGAGGUACGUCGAUGGAACGCUGAUGUACCCAAAACCUUACCACCACCUGUCAUGUCCUUUAUGUGACGAAUUCGGCGAAUUCACGACCGUCCAACAACUGGAGGCCAUAGAAAACAACAACAAUGCAGUGUACGUACAGUCUCUGCUUGUGAGGGAAAGGAUCCUGGGUACUGAUGAUGCUGGAACAAUGAGAAGUUUCCGGUCGACCGGACUUGAUUAUGCAAGAUGUGGUGAUUUGAAAUGGUGCAUCAACUUAUGGCUUCACGCCAUCAGUAUGCAACAGCUUCACUCAAGCCACUAG